AUGGAUAAGAAUAAUAAUAAUAAUAUAAUUAAAAAAAAUAUUAAAUUAGAUCAUAUGAAUGAUAGUAGUAAUAGUAAUAGUAAUAAUAAUAAUAUUAAAAUCAGUACAACUUAA